AUGAUAUAUAGGGUGUUGGAAUAUGCUGAUGGCCUUCCCUUAGCAAUUGAAAUGUUGGGUGCAUCCUUUUUUGGAAAAAGCGUUGCAGAAUGGAGAAGUUUCCUGGAUAGAGAAGAAAUUAUUCCUCCCUAUGAGAUCAUAAGGGUGCUUAGAAAAAGUUUUGACGAACUUGAUCACAUGAGUAAGGAAAUGUUUUUGGACAUAGCAUGUUUCUUUGUCGGGAAGGACAUUAACUGUGUGAAGGAAAUUUUACAUGAUUGCUUCAGUUGCUCUGUUAAUACAGAAAUUCUUAUUCGGAAAUCAGUCAUCACAAUUGCAAAUGAGAGGAUACAAAUGCAUAAUAUGUUGCAAGCGAUGGGGCGAGAUAUUAGUCGCCGACAAUAUCUGCAUCAACAAAGCCGAUUAUACCUUUAUAGUGACAUUAAAUCUGUUAUGGAGAAGAAAAGAAACACGGUGAUGGAAAAUGUUGAAGCUCAGCUAGAUGACAUCGAAUCUGUUAGUGAGAGACAGAGAUACACAUCGAUGGUGGAAGGAGUUGAAGCUAUAGCCUUGGAUUUGGAAGAGCCAAAAAUGGCUUCAUUGAGGGUUGAUGCUUUAUCAGAUAUGAUCAACCUUAGAUUGCUCAUAUUCCGUAACGUGGAAUUUUCUGGAACCCUCAGUAAUCUUUCAAGCACGUUGCGAUAUGUUUCGUGGCAUCAAUAUCCUUUCACUUCUUUACCAUCAAGUUUUCAAUCUGACACACUUGUUCAACUGAUUAUGCCUGAAAGCAACAUGACAGAAGUAUGGAAGGGCAGAAUGAUGCUCCCUGCUUUGAGAAAACUGAAUCUAAGUGGCUCCAAAACUUUGACAAAGACGCCAGAUUUUGGUGGGGCUCCAGAUCUUGAGAGGCUAGAGCUCGAAGGAUGUACUGGAUUGUUGCAACUUGAUCCAUCUGUUGCUAAACUUCCAAAGCUCAGAUUCUUGAACUUGAAAGGUUGCAUCAAUCUUGUCAGUAUCCCUAAUUCCAUGUUUUGUCUGAACUCGUUGGGGAAGAAAUACGUGGAGAAGGGUCAAGGUGGGAUUGUUAGCUGGGAAGAGUUCAGGCACCUGGUGGAUGAGUUUUUCUUUCUUAAUAAUGGGUUUGCAAAUAUCGGGGACGUGUUCCCUUUGAUUAAUUUUCUGGACUUGCGGGGUCAUAUAAAGAGAAUGAAGGAUUUUAGCGGGAAAUUUGAUAGGUUUAUGGAGCACGUGUUGGAUGAAUGAUAAAUCCCUAUUUUAAUAUAUUAUUUAAUGUCUUUUUGGGGA